UGAUGCUGGGCUGACGGAGAUCGCGCAGUGAUACUAUACUGAUAAUAGCGGAACUAUUAUCAACACCAAAUUAACCAGCGGAGAAUAGGAGUGUUUGCAGUUUACAGUACAGAACAACGCUAUCUACACAUACAGGCGAUAAGGAAGUGUUGCCGGCCGGUAGGUAACUUAAUGACUAUUACUUCCAAAAUUCAAACUGUGAUUGAAGUUGUAAAGUAGUUUUGAAUUUGACACUAUCAAUUUUGUCAGGAAACAAUAUUAGAAAAUGGCAGCUGCGGUUAAAUUAUUAGAUUAUGAAGAUCAUUCUGAGGAAGUUUUAGAAGAAAUAUAUGGUACUGAAAAACUUUCAGUGGAACUUUCAAUUCGUUCUUCUAUUCCAAAUCUUGCAAUCACAAGAAUAUGUAAAGUGAAGAAUUGUUUUCUCAAAGGGAUGUAUGAACUUAAAAAGGAGGAGUAUAAGUCACGCUAUGGCAAUGUAACCGAGAAGGCUUUGUUCCAUGCCACUAGUGAGUGGAGUGUGGACUCAAUUAUCAAGAACAACUUAGAUUGGAGAAGGGUUUCCAGAAGCAAGUUUGGAAUGGGUGUUAGUUUCUCAAAUGAUGCAGACUACGCAAACCAUUUUUCUAACAGCAAUAAUGGAGUAUCUAGAGCAAUAAUUAUCGCAAAUGUACUGAUAAGCAGAGAACAUCUUGGAAGUCCUGCACUGACUAUUCCUUUGGCCAACUAUGAUACCACCACUGGUACAAGGAAUGGCAUUAAAAGAGUCUACGUCAAAUACAGUGAUAAUGAAUUCUUGCCAAAAUAUGUAGUUUUCUACAAUUGUCCAGACAAGACCACCAGCAAAUACUACACUGUUCGACGUUUACACUGCCGCCGCCGUUGGUGAAAUUAUUUAUAUUACUACAACAUUUCUUUUGGUUAAUUUCAUUAUUAAAGAGGCCUUAUUUGCUAUUCACUUGACGAAUGGGACUUUAAAAUACUUUAAUUUUCAUUUAUGUAUUUUAAGACAUAUUGUUUUAGCUAGUUUGUUUUAUCGUGUAAAAAACACAAGGUAUGCUCAAGUAGUUGAUGUAGUAAAUAAUUUAAAAGUACAAAAAUGGUAAAACUACCAUAUUGGAUGAUUAUAUUUAUUAUACAGUUUCCAUAAGAAUGGUAAUAAUUAUAUACGUAUUUACAAAAUAUUUUUGUUGCAUUUUUAUUUACUUUUUAUUACAUUUUUUCCUCACUUUUUAAAAUGUUUUCAAACAAAUUGUACACAUACAAGAUUUUACCAAUUCUCUUACUUAUAACGGUUAAUUUUUUUGUAGAUGAUAUAGCAUAUAGGCUCUUGGGACAUCUUUAAAUUUACAAUAAUUUUGACAUUGUAUACUUUGUGUUUUUCCUAAAGUUUAUUUACGGUUUUUACAUUUAAUUUUACUAAUGCAAAAGUAUAAAGUUUAAAUACAGUGUGUAAAUUUUGACUCCUAAAAGAGAAAUUUAACAGCUAAAAGAAUUACUAUCUUAACAUUUAUCACUAGAACUUUUGUAACAUGUACAUUUUUAAUGUUCUACUAUUUGUGUUAAACUCUAUUCUAGUAUUUUGUAAAAACGAUCAGUAUUUUUUAUUAGUCAUACAUUUAGGUCCAUAUUUUUUAAACCUGUUACUAUAUAAAUCUUACAUCUACCUGUAUAGUUAUAUUAGUCAUUCAGCCACAUAUAAAACAAUGACAUUAUGUGGAACCUAUUUGUAUUUUUAUGGCAACUCUUAGUCGUAUAUUAAUAUGUAUUUUUUAUUUUCGACCUUUCAAGGUAUUUUAUAGUUGUAGCAUUAGAAUUUACAUUUUAAAACUUGUGCCUUUAAGAUUGUAACUCUUAACCCAGUUUUGUAUUUUUACAAAUAAAUAAGGAUUUUGAUAAUAA